AAAAAAAAGAAUUUCAGUGAAUGAAGCUAUAAACGGUAUUUUCCUAUUUUUAGAUCAUUUUCUUUAGCCGGCAUGUGUUAAAAUUACCCUUUACACUGAGAAUGAAGAGCCACUCAGAUCCCCACCGCCCUCUUUGGCUAGAAUAUCGCAUUUGUAACUUCAGAGUGGCAGUCCAGUCCCUGUUAAACUAUGUUUUAGCGAUUAAUCACUUCUGUAGAAACUAAUGAAGGCUGAGGAGACAUGUCACCGUUAGAAUACGGUCCUAAAAAGGACAAAUGAAUAGCAAGGAGGUAAGUUUGAUUUUUGGUUUUACUAACUCGACGCUAGGGGCGCUAAAAGAAAGCCAAAACUGUCUAGUCUCCCUUUAACGUUAUUUUUUUCCUCAGAACUUUAUUGAAAAAAGGCAUAAAUAUUCAAAGCAAGCCUUGUCUCCCUUGAAUAAGAAGAGGGUUGCCAGGGCUGGUGUGCCCUCUUGUGGUGGCUGGUGGGUGUUGCAAUUCAACAGUAGCUUUACACAAAGCAACAGAACAGCUGCACAAUUGGAGAAAAUAUUUAUUAAUAAUUCAGAACCCAAAUCUCUCUUUUUUAUUUUUACAUACCAGUAUUGUGCAGGGUUUAGACUGGUUUUGGGCUGGUUUCACACAGGUGUUUGGCAGAGGUGGAAAGCAUGCUACAAUUUCCUAUACAAGUACCAAUACUUUGAUAAUUUUCUACUGAAGUACAAGUAAAAGUAAAUGCCUACAUUUUUACUCAAGUAAAAGUAAAAAGAAUCAUAAAUAAAAUCUACUCAAAGUAAAAGUUACUUAGUUACAUUUUUGUCAGCGUAAGGAUGGUUACAUCUAAGUAGUGCAAAAUCACAACGCCAGUUCACAAUUCGCUCGUGUCACACACACACACACACACACACACACACACACACACACACACACACACACACACACACACACACACACACACACACACACACACAUACAUACACAGUUUAAUGGUGGGAUUUCUAUCCAAUCAAUGAGAACAGGACGUGCACAUUGAUUGGAUGAGAUUUUUCUAGGAUUGCACGUUUCAAUUGUGAUUAAAAUUAUUCUUUAUUUUGAGAAAAAUAUAUAUUUUUUAGAUGCCAUCAGCAUGUGAGGUAUCUCAAUGUUUUCAAAACAAAACUCUAUCAUGAGACCUGUCACAUAACAAGCCAAAUGCAGUCAAACAUUUCAAAUGGACCGUACGACAGCUGCUAACGUUGGCCCUGCCCUGCUUUACCUCUACAUUGCAGCUCCUUUAUUCGUGUCCAUCCUAGAGCUCCUCUCUGACCUUCAUGCUUAUUUAGAGCAGCUGAUUUUUAAAGUUAGCAGUUCGUCCUUGGUAGUGGGUUCACUCACUCAUUUAACCCUUCACCACUGAAAUCAGUUUGUUCAUUCCAAUCCUCCUAAAUAAUCCUCUAAUCAUCCAACUGGAAUCCUUAAGGGUCCCAAAACGUCCAUCCUGUCAGAAUAAGCCUUGGGAGCCCAGGUAUUACUAAAAUCAAUGACGUCAUCGGCAGUCGAAGGACCCCGAGCCGAUCCUGUACCGACACAGGCUCGUUGAACUACUUCCGGCUCAGAAAAAUAUUUAUUUAUUUAUUUAUGAGCGUUUUCUUGUUCUCGUUCAUCACAUUUUUCUUUUCUGAUAUGUGAAAGGACUAAAGUAAAAAAUAAUUGUUUUGCGUUUUUUUAUUUAUUCCUUUAAAGUUGAAAAUCAAAUAAGUGUCUCUUUUUCUUUUUUUUCAUUUUUGUUUCUGAAACGAAAAUUCAAAUACCAAAAAGUACAUAGACCCGAAUUACAAUUCUUUUUAAAAACAUACUCAAGUAAAAGUAAAAGUACAGAUUUUAAAAACGACUUAAAAAGUAUAACACACAAAAAAGCUACUCAAUUACAGUAACGUGAGUAAAUGUAAUUCGUUACUUUCCACCUCUGGUGUUUGGCUGGGUUUAGCACAGGUGUCCACGGUCAGGUAAUCAGUGGUUUCAUUGAGGCACUCUUGUUACGCCCUUUGUAGCCCUUUUCAUUGACUUCUAAAGCCACUGAUGUUGUAGAUUAUGCAAUCCUAAAGUAAAACUGAGUCGGUUUGGCUCAUAACAGCUGGAUGGUUGAACAGACUUCAAUGUGUGAAAGCAGGAGCAGCUUCCAUCAUGCAGCUAAAGGUUGCUCAGGAAUCUGUUCUAGACAAGGGUGUCAGUUUGUUUUCAGAAUUGCUGGGGACAAUACACUUGAGUGGGGUUUAAAAAUUGCUGGGGACAAUAAAGUAGGCUAGCACAGGGGUCGGCAAUCCGCAGCUCUGGAGCCGCAUGCGGCUCUUCCAUCAAACUGAUGAGGCUCUCUGUGCUUGUAAAAUAAUGAAUGGAUAUUUAAAUAAAAUGCUUUAUAUUUUACUGCAUUAAUUUUACAUCUGUAUGCCAAUUCUAAAUGUAAAGAUUGUCUGCGUAAACCUGAACAGUUCCAACCCGGUCUUACUGUGAGACCGGGUUGACGGGUCACGCUUGCGCGUAAUCAUAUGCGCUUCUGAGCUGAAGAGGAUAUGAGAUUCUGGGAUUCUCCUCAGAUGGCUCCUGGAUGUGUCGCCACAUUGGAGACAGGAACAAGCGCUAUUCAGCCAAAGUUUCAUAAUCAGGGAACAUUUUCUAAGUGACAAGUCUCACUUCAGUCGGAGGAAUCUUCCUGCAUGCGCUCUGGUUCUGCGACGCGCUCCAAGCCCCUCUCCACAUCUUCAGCUCGCUGUGUACCUUAUGUACGCGCUGACAGUGAGCUGCGCUGAGCAGUGUCCAGCUCAGAUGUUCAGAUGGGAAUCUUUUCUUGAGUGAUUUAGCUACAUCUGCGAUGUGCGUAGAAUAAAGUGUCAGUUCGUCUGCAUGCGUCGGGGUAAUUCUUUCUAUUCUUUCUCCGUCAAAAUAAACGGUCAAAUACGGGAACUAUCCGGUCAACACAAGCCCUGUUUUUGACUGUUCUGUUUUCUUGUGAAAAUAGAUAAAAUUAAACUUGAUUAACACCAGAGCCAGGCGCACUGCACCGUUAUCUCCGUCGCUGUAAAUGAGGGAAAAACAAAUUGAUCGGAUCCUUUUCUGUCCUUCCCCACUUACAAAGUUUAAUUACAACAAUCAAACGUGACAGAGCCGGUAUUUGUAUUCUGAACAGUCUAAACAUGUUUUAAAAAGAAACGUAUGACAAAAGGGGCACCUGCUCAGUAAAACCACCAACAGGGUGAAAAAAAACAAAAAUUGAAGGCAGAGACGGGCUACAACUUCUGGAUCCAUUUUAUAUAAAUCGUUUUAUUGAUUAUCAUCUUAUGAAAGAUAACUUUGACGUACACGAGCGACCAGGCGCGUUGCAAGCUUUUCAAAAAUGUGGGGGAUGUCUGUGCCUAAAAUAAGUUCAUGUUAUUCAUCUUGUUAUUUUAAUUUCCAUAAUAGCGGAGCAGGUGCGAAUUUUAGAAGCGUCACGCAUGUCUCCGUUUUAAACAUGUUUAAACUGUUCAGAAUACAAAUCCAGGCUCUGUCUCGUUAGAUUGGUGUAACUAAAGUUUGUACUGAAUGAAACUUUACAUUAAACCAUGUUGAAAAGAAAAGCAUCCGAUUAAAUCGUUUCCCCCUCAUUUACAGUCACGGAGUAAAUAGUGCGCAUGGCUCUAGGGUUAAUCAAGUUUAAUUGUUUCUCUUUGCAACAAUCUUCACAAGAAGGCAAAACAGUUAAAUGGCAGGUUACAGAUAUUUCCAUUUGACUUUUAUUUUGACGGAUAAACUCAUGGAUGUUGGUUGUUUUGAAAGAAUUACCCCGAAGCACACUGAUGCACACACAGAUGAGCUGACAUUUUAAUCGUUACGCACAUCGCGGAGGGAACUAAAUCAAUCAAGAAAUGAUUCCCAUCAGAACAUCAGAGCUUUAUACUGGACACUGUGUUCAGCGUGGCUCGGAGCGCCCACGGUGGACAGUGGGCUGAAGAUCUGUAGAGGGGUUCGCAGCGCAGCGCAGAACCACGGUGCAUGCGGUAAGAUUUCCUCCCACUGAAGCGGUCUGGAAACCCGGUCUCUCUGAGGGAUCUGUCACUUGGAAAAAUGUUCUUUUUAUGAAAUUAUGAAACCUUGGCUGAACAGCGCUUGUUCCUGUCUCUAAUAUGGACACGCAUGACGCAUCCAGUCUGAGGCAGAAUAGCCUCUUCAGCUCAGAAAGCACAUGUAAAGACAUUUGAUCACGCACAAAGUUUAUGUGGAGCAGAAGCGGUCGGGCCACGGCAGGUGAAAUGUUCCUAGCCUACAUGAAGUGAAACUGUUUAAUUGUAACAUUAAUAUGUUACUGGACACGCUGGUCUGGUUGGUUAGACCAGUGUUUGAAGUGGAAAACACACACACACACCAAUUAAAAUAAUGCUGAUAGCGUGGACUAGAAGCCAGGUGAUGGUGUACGUAUUUAAAUGAUGAUCAGGCUGCUGUAAAAUGUAAUCUCCAUCCACAUCCAGACAGAAUUAUCCUCUAUUCUUUCUCUACUUUCUCUGCUCUUGUCUGGGCUGACGUAGCUGAUGGUGCGCGCGGCGCGCCUAACUAGCGGCUGGUGCACAUUUUACGCAUUUGGAGAGGUGGGCUGGAUGCUUUGCUUUUACUGGAAGAUGGUCCACUUAACGCACGGGUGUAGACUACAUAUUAAUGACAAAUGAAUGAAAAUUAAAUUGUGAGUUUUUACUUCAUAUUUUAGAAAUAAAAAUGACGGGGGAAAACAUUUAUGACGUCUUUUUAAACGAAAUUUCCUAGCGCGACCUGCCUGCUUCACUUAAGUCACUGCUUAUUAAGGUCCGUCCAAAAUUACCGUGGCCCACCCAAAAAUGAAAACCUGGCGCCGCGCCUGUUAUAAACCUCUGCAAACUGUUGUUCUUCACUUUAUAAAACUCAGACUUUGUACAGCUAAUGCCAAGAUGUAAAAUUAUGAAUUCAGUCGAGCUCUUCCGUCCCUCCCUCUCCUGCUCUCCUGGAAACCCGACAUCGGCCGUCAGAAGAGGGAGGGGAAGAAGGAGAUGAGGCAAACAGAGUGAGUGCGACCUAAAGAGACCAGACUGGUGUGGAGGUGAGCAAAACAGCUGGAAAAGUGUGGGUGUUGAAUCCCCCACAGGUGCGACGCCAAAAGUGUGGGUGUUGAAUGAUCUCAAUAAGAAAAGUGUGGGUGUUAAGUUUUGAGCUGGUAAAACAAAAAUCCUCAUCAGCAGGCUUUUUUGAACGUGGGGGGGACACAGCUGUCAAUCACAAAUUUUGCCGGGGACAUGUCCCCGGUGUCGCCGGUUAAAAUGACGCCUAUGGUUCUAGAGUAACUCUUAUUUAUCUUUAAGCAGAUGAUUCUAGUUUUAAAUACCAAAAAGGUAGAUUUAUGAGGCUCUCCAGCCUGUAAUGUUCAAUCAAAACACUUGUUUAAUUUAUCUGAGUUAUUUUUUUUAUUUAUUUAUUUAUUUAUUUGCAUUAGACAGAUCCAUCCUCCAUCCUUUUUCUAUUUGUGCUGUUCAGUCAUGAUAGGGAUAUGCAGUUAAACAGGUUUAUUGUGAAAUCUACUUGCUCGAUAGUGAAAAAUGUAUACUUUAUUGUUUUAACAGUAUGGAUUAAACCAUGUUCACUGAUGAUGUGGGCCUUAUAUUAUAACAUGAAUAGACCAAAAUGACCAACAUGUUCAUACAGUAAAAUCAGUGAGAUUAAGUAUUUGAGUAAAUACAUUUAAUUUACCUAUAUUCAAAAACAUUUUCUUUAUUUAGGUUUUAUGUGGUGCAGCACCAUAAGCCAUAAUGCAUUUUUCAUUAUCCUAAUUAGAAUGUUUGACUUGACAGACUAAUUUGUUGAUUAGUGCAAAUAUUAAUAUUUAUUGGAUGAAAAGAUGACUGGUUCUGCUUUUCUGUUUGAAAUGAGCAAAUAAAACGGAAAAGCCAAAAAGAACGGAUAAAGAAAACACAAGAACUGAGCUCAGCUUUAGAAGAUUUAAAGAGGUUGUGUCUCUAUCUAGAGGUCACAAUCGGAAGUGUUAUAAUUUAUAACAAUCCUUGAAUCUAAGAUUUAACUUCUUGAGGGCUUUACAUUUCACCUUCCAACAGACUCUAAGAAAAAAAGGAAGAAUGGAGACUGUUGAUACGAGAGAUCAUUUUAUUCUCACACUGAAAACUUUAAAUUCGAAUACAAAUACAAUACACAAAGAACAGCCUCUCAUUCUUGAGCUCUGGUAAGUUUUGAUUUCCUGGAAAUGUUGCAUGAAACUCGAACCCCCCACCCUCCCGCACUUCUUCCUGUGACACUUUUCUUUUACGAAAACGAGUAUAGAAAGCAUAGAGGUGUAAAAACAACCUAUCAAAGAUAAAUUCACACAAUUUGUGAAUACCUGCAUGCAUAAUAAACUUGAUUCACAGAGAGUUUAAUUAGGUUUUAAAUAUCCAGUUGGUGUUAUUUCUAUUCAGAUUUUAAUAGCAUAAUUUAGUGGAGAGAUGUGUGUUUGCAUUUUCUGAAAAUAAAUAGGAGAAAAUAUUAAAGGUGUUAUCUGCACUGUUAAAUUAAAUAUUUGAUAUUGAAUGUUCAACAGUCCAGGAUCUAAACUAAUGUUUUAUGCCUGUGAAAGAAGCUGUGUGAGGAUUAGAUGUGUUCUAUAUUUUUGCCUGUUUUAUUUAUCUCCAUCUGCUAUAAACUCCAGUUUAUCAGUUUUACUGCUUCAACGUGUAGAAACUCAUUUGAUUUCAAAAUAAAAGCUUCUAAGUAAACGCUGCUUGCGCUCUCCAGCGUCCAAUUGCGCAAUUCAGCUAUACUUAGGGUGAAAUACCCGGAUGUGCAACUCUUAUUUAUAAGCCUAUCGGUUUUUUUUUAAAUCAAGUUUCACAUGAAGACAGGGAAAAGAGCUGGUUUGCUACUCAGGAUUAAACCAUUCAGGAAACCAUCAAGAACCAGUGGGUAAAAGGAAGGUUUUAUUUUCUUGGCACCAUAAUUUACAUAAAUGGAUCCUAGCGCUCCAGCGAUGGGAUGGUCUGAUGAGAAGACCGCCAUGGUUCUGCCUCCCCCUCCCUACCAGGACCUCCAGGCUGGAGCCCCGCAACCCGGCCAGGCUUACCCGCAACAGCCUCAGGGUCAUGGAGCACCACAGCCAUAUGGUGGAGGAUAUAAUAUGCAGACAUAUGCCAUGGGCCAGCAGUAUCCAGCUCAACCGGGCAUGGUCACAGUCCAGCCCACGGUGUACGUGACCCGAGGGCCUCUGGAGGUGGAGAAUCCAGUCAAUGACUACAUGGGCUACUCCAUCUUCACCUUGCUCUGCUGCUGCCUGCCGUUGGGCAUUGCUGCCCUCAUCUACUCCAUCUCAGCCCGUGAAGCCAACCACUCGGGUGAUCGAAUGGCAGCGGAGAGAAACAGCUGGACAGCUCGGACGCUGAACCACGUGGCUCUGGGACUUGGGCUUGGAUCCUUGGUCCUAUGCAUUGUUUACGUGGUGCUUAUUGUUUCUAAGUUGAAGAAUUAGUCCUUUUCUAACAGCACAACUCACCAUGAAUCAGAUGAGUGCAGUUCGGUUUGACAGUUCAGUAUUUCCGCCAACUCUUCCUGUCUGCUUUAUUGUGGUUCCUAGUGUGCUGACCCGUUCUAGAAACCAGACGUCAGUGACUGUCAGCCACUGACUGGCUAGGGGUGGAGUCUCCGGUUGCUCCGAAACAUUUUGGGGUGUUUCUCAAUGUCAAGGCGCCUAGCCUUGCGAGGCAAUGUCUUGCAAGGCCAGGCACCUUGCUUACAAGGACACUGUCCUUCCUUGGUCAAAGAAAAUGGUUAAAUGGAACAGACUUGCAUCAUGUGACCGCGGCUUCCACGGCGGUCAUGUAACGUCACGUGACACGGGAGACAACGUUAUAUUUUAUAUGUAUUUGUCAUGGUCUGCGUCAGCCCCUUCCCUUUUUGUGCCUCCUGGUGUCCUCCAUCCCUCUCUAGAUUUCCUCUUGUGUCCCUUUGUUCCCAAGCUCCUCUUGUGCUCCACUCCAGGUUUUCCCCCUUGUGCUCUCUUAGCGCCCUCAUGUGUCCUUGUCUGCAUCCCUGUUAUGUGUCUUAUGCUGUAGCUCUUUGGCGCCCUCAUGUGUCCUUUUUCUGCGUGUCAGUUUAAUGUCUUAUGUUAUCUUUUCUACUCUUUCCUCCCAGGUCAGCUCCAGCCUCGUUGUCCCCAGCUCAGUGUGUGUGGGUGUAUGUGCUAUGUCCUCCUCCAGCUAUUGUGUGAGUUCUUCUCUCUGUCUUUAGGUAAUUGCUGUUUGGUUCUGUGUUCAGGUAUUUGCCCUCCUCUGUCUCUGUUUUCCCCAUUGAGUUGAUUAGUGUCACCUGCCUUCCCUCCAGCCCUCACUCCACACACCUGCUUCCUGUUUUCCUUAAUUUGUCUCCCAGUCUAUUUAAGCCCGGUAUUGUCUCUGUCUUGUGUCGGUCCAUUAACGUAUCUGUAUGUUAAUCUGUCAGUGUUUGCUCGUGCUCUUGGUGAGCUUUGUUUUCUCCAACCUUGGAGUUUUUUGGACUUUGGCUCGCUGCCUGGAUUUACUUUUGUUCCGCCUUCACAAAUAAAGGAUUUUUACUUUUCAUCAUCUCUGCCUCGUGUCAUCCUGGGUAACUGCAUAUUUGGGUCCUAACAUCCUCAGAACGUGACAGUAUUAGUUUCAAUUUAAAUAUAUAAUGAACUUUUACUUUUUAAAUUGUGUAUAUGUUUAAUAAAUUAAAUAUGUAAGUGAGUUACUACCCGCUAGCCACCAAAGCUGCAACUACUAAGCAACUAACUAACAAUAGAUAAUUCUCUGGAUCUAAAAAAAAAAAACAUUUAAAAUUAGCCGACUUACUUUUAAACUUAAAUUGUCCCCGAAGUAGCUGCCGGCUUCUGAUCUGCCGUCUUUUUGAAAAUACUGCAGUGUAUUGUGGGUAAUUUUUGACCAAGGCUAGGCUACAAGACACCUCCCGUGUAUCCUUACUCAGCUAGCUAAAUGGCUAACAAACGGGGAACACAUGCCUCGGUAGAACAUGAACAUUGGAACCGAUUGGAACACGUCUUGGCGGCUCCCGAUGACGUUUCUCCUAGGCAACUGGGGCGGGGCCAAACCAUCAAGGCAAGGUUCCUUGGCAUUGAGAAACACCCUCUGGCUGCUGCCUGGAGUCAUUUCCUGGUUUUAGAGUCUGACAAAAAGGCAGACUGAGCAGAAUGUUCAAGACCACUUCCAUUAUUGUGCUGUGUUGUGUUUUUGUAUAGCACACAGAUCAGCUCACACUGUUUACUGAUCACCUAUUUUUGUCUCAAGUAAAGACCACCCCCCUCUUUCCCCAUGCACUAUGAGGAGCACACCGACUUUUUGUCAUGGAGUUGUCAGAGAAAGCUAGCCACACUGAGGUGAGCUGUGGUAACCCACGCCGUCCCGAGCUGAGUAGUGCUGUUGAAAAAGCAGCUCAGCUUUUUUUAUGUCACUCUGUGUAUUCAUUCUACUUCAGAUGAACAGGUUUGGACUGACUGUCAGGUUUUAACCCUGAAGUCAUGUGACUGGAAAAACAGAAGUUACAGAAAUGCAGGUGAAAAUAGAAAUGUUUUAAUAUUGUGGAAAAUUUCAUUUAUUUCAUUAAUUCAACUUAAAAAGUGAAACUACCACGUGAGAUGGACUCCUUACAGCCAGAUAUUUCAAGCCUUUCUUUCUUAUAACUUCGAUGAUUGUGGCUUACAGCCACGGCCGGAUUAACCAUAUGGGCAACUGGGCAAUUGCCCAGGGCCCACGAACUCUAAGGGGCCCAGGGCAGCAAGCGCACGAGCAAAAUACUGUAGGCAUGUCUGUAAUCUCCCGCAUUAUAUUAAACUAGGGUGACCGUAUGUCCGGUUUUCCCCGGACAUGUCCACUUUUCACUCUCUGUCCGGGCGUCCGGACUGGGGGGUCCGCGGUCGUAUUGAUGAAAAUGUCCGGCUUUUCAUCCAGGAGCAGGGAUCGAAUUAUGGGGGAGCUGUAUAUCUUACACAUCCAGGGGAGCCGGAAACAAGUUUUCUAUCUAUAUUACAUAAUUUAUGGACUCUUCUGAGCAGAGAGCACAGAGAGCGGCACAGCGCGUUCUUGCGCAGCGCUCCGGGCAGCUACUUCCAGCGCACGGUCCAUUCUCAAAGUGGCGCAACCAAAAAACUAUAAUUAGCACACGAUCGUUCAUGUCCGCACAUAUUCUCUAUUUUCUGUCUUAUUUGUGCCUGCAGCGCUCUGCUGCUGCGCAGCUCAUCACCUGUGCUGCGUGGUGCUGCGGUGAUUUCACCUCACUGACGCAGCAUCGAAAGGCGCACUCCGCUUUGCGGUCAGGAGAUCCAUUUGAUCUGCUCAAAAGUAAGAAUCCUGGCAGCAGUUUUUUCUGGAGAGUUUAGAGGAGACGCAGGAAGAAGAGAGACAGACAGGACAGGAAAAUAGUUAAAUAAAAACAAGAAAACAAAACUAAGUGUGGAAAAGUAAAAUGUAGGUAGAUUUAUCUCCACUACACGUUUUUACCUGUAUAAAAAAAUAAG